UACGGGUAUCAGAUUUAUAGUUUUGUUGUGCCAGGUGUUUUAUGUGUAAUAACUUUACUCGGUCUGCCCGACAACGAAGCACAAUUCGCCAAAGAACAUGACAAGAAGAGGGUAUAUUUAACCGCAUGCGAUAUUUUAACUAUAACUUUAAUAGUAAUGCUAUGUAUACUAGCAACACCAAAACAGAUGAAUUCGUUUUGGAAGAUAUGCAAAAAUUUUAAUGAGAUUGAAAGAAGUCUAAUUAUCCGAAAUCCCAAGCGACACAGAAUAACAUCAAUUCUGUUUAUUACAACAGUUUUUUGCAUUUACACCAUCUUUUACUUAUUAGAUUUGCUAACGUGGCACGCAAAUUAUGAGAAAAUAGACUGUGCUUACACUCUUCUAAAGGAUUUUAUACCAUUUUAUGUCUUGAAAUACAUCAUGCUCACUGAAAUAUUGUUUUUCUGUCAUUUGGUUUAUUUUACAUCCUUCAGAAUAGUGUAUUUGGUAGAAUCUUUGAAGAAAAUAAUUAAGGAACGAAUUUUUGAUGUUAGCGGCUUUGAAAAUGGCGAAAUAAAGGUUUUACCUCCGACUAUGACUUACAAUAUGAAGAUUAAUGAUACAGCUUUAAGAGUAUAUCAACUAGCAACUGUACAUAAAAAACUAGUUGAAACUAUUGAAAUCAUCAAUGGAACAGGAGGUUUCGUUAUAGUGAUAAUAUUGUUUUCUGUUAUGAUCCAUUUGGUUGUCUCGCCGUAUUUUCUAGUGUCGGAGCUAGAAAAAGGACGAAAUUCGAGCAUGAUUUUCGUGAGCUUGCAAUGCAUGUGGAUAAUUGCUCAUGCUGGGAAAUUUUUUAUUGUUAUGGAGACUUGUAACCACUGCGGAUCUAAAUCUGAAGAAUUAUUCAUUGUCGUCCAAAAAUUGUUUGUCCAAGAAAAAGUUGUUAAAACUAAAACGGCAUUAUUAAAUCUGAUUAUCCAAUUAAAAUUGUGCAAGACUCAGAUCAAUAUUUUGGGAUUAUUUAAAUUAGACAGAUCUCUACUGACAGGUGUAAGUAACAUUUUUUUUAAAUGUAAAAAUUAAUUACACAUGUACAUGAUAACUUAUGGAACAGUUGUUUGGUGGCCAAAAGUAAACC